AGGAUGUGGGUUACCACAGAGCCUUGCGUGCAGAAAAUGCUCAGUGGUUGCCACAGGGGUGAGUGAAUGGAUGCAGUUUUCCCAACAGCUGCUGACGGGGAUCACGGCCACUCCCAGGAGUCUCUGCCGAAGUUCCACCUUGUCCGAGAGCUCAUGGCGCCCCUUCAGAGCCUGGACCUUGAGGUGCAGCAGGUUGUGGGUGAGGGGUGGCAAAAGAUGGCUUUCUGGACCUCUGGGACACCCAGACCUGCUGUGGGAGGAGGGACUGGAGGGCUUGGUGGCACCUGAGGCUGAAUGUGGGCAUGCGGGUGGAGUGUCUGACCCUACCUGUGGCUGCCUGGGAAGCAGGACAGUCGGGAUGUGGUGUGUGGCAUCUGCAUGGACAAAGUGUGGGACAAGCCAGAGGCUCAGCGGGUUUUCGGCAUCCUGCCCAACUGCACCCACGCCCACUGUCUGGGCUGCCUGCGCACCUGGCGGAAGAACCGGCAGGACUUCCCGCUGGAUGUCAUCAAGUCAGUGUCAUGGAGGGCAUGUCCCCAGUGCCGUGUCCAUUCCAGCUACAUCAUCCCCCACAAAUUCUGGGUGAGCAAGGGGGCCCACAAGGAGCAACUCAUCAGGAACUUCAAGGCUCGGACGAGGUAAGGCUGCAGAGGGAACAAGACUCAGGGUUAGGCAAGUGGAGGAGGUAGCCCCUGAUUCAUUCCGGUUCAGCCAUGGUCCCCAGCCAGUGAAUCCCCAAAACCCUG